GCCAAAAGAAACUUAUCCAAAAACAUCAUGAAUUCUUACAUUAUCUUCCAUUCUAACUCAAACCCAUUUCUCAAAAUCCUCUCUUUAUCAUCUCUAUACAUUCAGAUUUUCUUCUUUUUUCUUAUUCACGUUCAUCUAUGUUCCUCUUCUUCUUCACCUAAAUCUCUCAUUUUUCCCCUUAAAACUCAAAUCCUAAGAUCUCCGAACAAGCUUCAGGUCCGGCACAACGUUAGCCUCAUUGUCUCUUUAACAGUAGGCAUUCCACCGCAAAAUGUGUCCAUGGUUCUCGACACCGGAAGCGAGCUCUCUUGGCUCCACUGCAACCGAACCACCCGAAACAACCAACCGGACCCAACCAUAUUCUACCCGAAUCAAUCAACCUCAUACAAACCAAUCCCUUGUUUCUCUCCGACUUGCACAAAUAAAACCCAAGAUUUCCCCAUCCCACCUUCAUGCGACUCCGACAACCUUUGCCACGCCACUCUUUCCUACGCCGACUCUUCAUCUUCCGAUGGAAAUCUCGCCUCCGAUAGCUUCCACCUCGGGUCAUCAAGCAAUAUCUCGGGUCUUGUUUUCGGUUGCAUGGACUCCAUUUUCAGUUCUAACUCAGACGAAGACUCCAAAACCACCGGGCUAAUGGGCAUGAACCGUGGGUCCCUCUCUUUUGUUUCCCAAAUGGGAUUCCCCAAAUUCUCGUAUUGCAUCUCGGGUUCCGAUUUCUCCGGCCUUCUUUUACUCGGCGACUCCAAUGUGACGUGGCUUGCACCGUUGAACUACACGCCGUUAAUCCAAAUCUCCCGACGGUUGCCGUAUUUUGACCGGACCGCUUAUACGGUUCAGCUUGAAGGGAUCAAAGUAUCGGGUAAGUUAUUACCGGUUCCGAAAUCGGUCCUAGUCCCGGAUCAUACCGGAGCGGGUCAAACCAUGGUUGACUCGGGUACCCAAUUCACCUUCUUACUCGGACCCGUUUACAACGCUUUAAGAACAGAGUAUUUGAAUCAAACAACCGGGGUUUUAAGGGUUUUAGAGGAUCCGAACUUCGUGUUCCAAGGGGCACUGGAUUUGUGUUACCGGGUCCCUUCGGGUCAGACACGGCUGCCAAAUUUGCCGUCGGUGAGCUUGGUAUUUGCCGGGGCGGAAAUGGUGGUGUCGGGUGAUCGAGUUUUAUACAAGGUUCCGGGUGAAAUGAAGGGGAAUGAUUCGGUGUGGUGCAUGAGUUUUGGGAACUCUGACUUGUUGGGCGUGGAGGCUUAUGUGAUUGGUCAUCAUCAUCAACAAAACAUGUGGAUGGAAUUUGAUCUCGAGAAGUCUAGGAUCGGAUUGGCUCAGGUGCGGUGUGAUUUGGCUAGGAAGAGAUUUGGUGUGGGCCAAUAGGGAAAAAAAGGAUUAAACAUGAGCCAUGCGAUUGCGAUGAUCCGACGGCAGCAAGCAAUUAAUGAAGAGGGAGUGAGGAAAUCGAAAGACAAAAUUUAUUGUAC